AUGAGCCACGGAGGCGGAGCCGACAACGGUGUGAGCCCCGGCAACGUCCCGGUGUGCUACUACGGCGCGGCGGGGCGCGUGCCGGCGUCGCUGGAGCGUCGGGUGCGCGCCGCGGAGCUGUUCAUGCGGUGCGCGGCGUGCGGGCUCGCGGUGCUCGCCGCUGCGCUGCUGGGCGCCGACCGCCAGACCCGCACCAUCUUCGCCGUCGAGAAGACCGCCCGGUUCACCGACAUGCAGUCGCUCGUAUUCUUGGUGAUAGCAAACGGGAUGGCAGCGUGCUAUAGCCUGCUCCAGGGGGCGAGGUGCUUGGUGAGCAUUCUGACAGGUGGUGUCCUCAUCAACAGGCCCAUGGCAUGGGCUAUCUUCUCCUGUGAUCAGGUGAUGGCGUACUUCACGAUCACGGCGGUGGCCGUGGCGAUGGAGGCGGCGAUGAUCGGCAAGUACGGGUCACAGCAGUUCCAGUGGAUGAAGACGUGCCACCUCUACAAGCGUUUCUGCGCGCAGGCGGGUGGUGCCAUGGCUUGCGCGGUGGCGGCCAGCCUGAGCAUGGUCGUCAUCUCGCUGGUGUCCGCGUUCAACCUCUUCCGGUUGUACGGCAGCGGCAAAGGGAGGAAGUGA